AAUGCUGGUCAGGGUACAGUGCAGAGCUGGCGGUAACAGCCAAGCCUUAGCCAGUUCUAGGGGCAGAGAAGCAGUGAAGCCUCUCUGGCCUCCGGGAUUUCAGCACCGAAGACAGCUCCAACACCCUCUAAAAGACCAGGUUCCUGAGGUGAGGUGCACCACCCUCAAGAAGCUGAGAGAUGGAAGCCAGAAGCAAGCCCCAGCUCCUUGUGGUCCUGACACUUUUUAAUGUGCUCUUCUCCCAAACACUGGCCUGGCCUCUUUUUGGACCACCUUCUGCUCUGAGGAUGGAUGACAGAGUACCAUUCGAAGAAGCAAAUGAACAUGAUCCAGUUUCAUUAAAAGUAGACUCUGACAUCUUGCAAAAUGCAUUAGCUGAAAAUGACACACCCUAUUAUGAUGUAUCCAGAAAUGCCAGACAUGCUGAUGGAGUUUUCACCAGUGACUUUAGUAGGCUGUUGGGUCAACUAUCUGCCAAAAAAUACCUUGAGUCUCUUAUUGGAAAACGAGUUAGCAGUAACAUCUCAGAACACCCUGCACUAAGCAAACGUCACUCGGAUGCUGUCUUCACCGACAACUACACUCGCCUUAGGAAACAAAUGGCUGUGAAGAAGUACUUGAACUCAAUUCUGAAUGGGAAAAGAAGCAGUGAGGGAGAAUCUCUUGACUUUCCCGAAGAGCUAGAAAAAUGAUUUUAGAAAACUCUGUGGAGCAAAACUGAUGACAAGUGAAUUCUUGAAGACAAACGAUAAAGUACAUUUUGAGUUCUACAUAACUUAUUCAAGAAAACAACUUCAAUAGCAAAACCAAAUAAGAUAUAUUGUGUUGUGAAUGUUGUGAUUUGUUUUAUUCUGAUGUAACAACUGUGAUGUUUACAUUGUAAAUAUUAUUAGAAAGUUCUAAAAUUUGUCUUUAGCUUAUGAGAGGUCUGUAAUUUCAGAUGCUGUAUAUUAUUUCUAACAAAAAUAUGUUUAAUGAUAAGUAGACAAUAGGUUAAUUCAUUUAUAUGAGAGUUUCUGGCAGGGUAACAAUACAGGCAAAUUUAUGGUUUUCUUUAUAGAGUGCAGUUCACUAUCCAGAAGAGUUGAGCAGAUAAGCAGUAUGUCUACAUUUGAAUGUGUAAGCAGAUAGACUGCUGUGUUAACUAAAUCUCAGAAUAUCUAAGAGAACAUCAACAACUAUGAUAAAAAAUACAUUCUUCAAAAUACAUUUUCAGAAUAUUCUUUUUUCACAUGUAUAGACAACUUUAUUUCUAGUAGAUUUUAAAAAUCUCUCGAAUUUUGAUUUCUAUUCACCAAAGGCUUUCUUCUGACUUAGUGUUUUAGUUGAAAGGAUUGACUUGCACUUCUGAUUGUGGACCUUCCCUUUGUGCUUGUGUGAAGUAUGUGCAAAAUGUAAAUGGAAUGGAACACUUGUUUUUCAGGAAUAAAUAUUUUUCCAUAAUCCUUCUGAGUAAUAUUUGGUCAUAUCAGCUUCCUUCAGUGAAAGUAGAUUUGGAGACAAAACUAUUUUUCCAAAAUGAUUGUAAGAAGUAAAUAUAGAAAAUAAAGACCUUUGAUUAUUAUUGCA